AGAUUCAAAUCAAUUUCAAGUUUUAUAAUCUAGCCCAAUUCCUGUAGAUUUCCCUAGAAUAAACAGAGUGCGGGAGAAAAGACAGAGGAUAGGAGACAUGGAUACGAAGAAAGCAGGAUCUUCGCUCGAUUCUCUGAUAUCUUCCUUUAAUACGCGAAUCGCUGAGAUGCAGGAACUCGUAAUCGCCCGAAACAUGUACCCAGCUAGUAGUGUCGUUGAUUUGUCGGCAGUGGACGCGGCAGUGAAGACAUUGGAGCUGCAAAUACAGGCGAUCAAGGACCGAUUGCGUGAGGAGACCGAGGCUAUCCCUAAAGCCAAAAAACUCAUGGAUGCAUCACUGCGGCAGCAGAAGAUACUGCAGGACAUGUCUGUCCACGUUUCCUCACAUCUGCCUCAAAGAAUGCCCAUGUUAGAUUUGGCUACUAAUAGAUGUUUGCUUCCAGUAGCCCCUAAACACCAAGCUGAUGGUGGAUCUCUGAAACAAAACGAGCCAGCAGUAUUACCUAAGGAGAAAAGGGGUCGUGCCUCUCCACCAUUGUGGUACAUAACUUCCAAUGAACUGGAUUCUCUGUCCUCAUACAUGAGAGGAAGGCUCACACUAGAGAAAGUUAAUGCAGCAAUCAAUGACAUGGCAACAUAUGCUGAAGCAAAUACCCAACUUAUUUCAGCCCCAAAGAAGAAGUUGGCAGAAAAUCUCUGGGAAAAAGCCCUAGAGCUAAGAGAUAUUGCAACAACGGAACCAGUUAAGGGCAAACACUUUUUCCUUGAAACUGACAUGAAAGGACCGGCAUUGAAGCUUGAUAAUACUGGAAAAGCAAUACUGACUGUCCUUCGUCACCUUGGGCGCAUCAGUGAGACUCGAAUUGGGCAUCACAGAGUGAUGAUUCUUUUGAAGCCCCAGUGAAUGGCUGUGCUUUCCUGGAUACCCUUGGUAAUAUUAUUGAUCAUUUAUUUUUAUUUUCAAUUACCUGAGUGAGAGUAAAUGUUUCAAAGCUUAGAGGUGCAGAAACAGAGAAAAUAUACUAGCUUUCGAAUUAGGCUUAGAAUAUUACUGAAAACUACUAUCAGUUGAAAUUCAGUUCAAAUUACAACUA